GGAAGCUUCUUCGAAUCUUCGGUGCAGAGUUCGUCAACGUCAAUUWGUUUGCCACGUCGGCAUCUGGCUCGCCUCCAGCGCGCGCCGUCGUCUGGCUCGCCUCGAGCGCAAAAAGAGAAAGCUCGGGCGGAGGAGGGUGUGGCAGUGGGCGGCGGCAGCGGCAGAGAAGGCGAGAUGGACUCGGGCGGAGGGGUUGGCGCGCAGGGCUCCAGUCAGAAAGCAGCAGCAGAGGCCGCAGCAGCAGUAGCAGCAGCGGCCACAGAAGCGGCGUUCGUAGCGGCAGGAGAGAACGCCGCCAUCUGGCUCUUCUCCAGCAGCAAAGAGAGAGCUCGGAUGGGAAUGCCUUUGGGCAGCCUCCGGGCAGAUCUCGCUAAGAUCAACCACUUUGCCACGUCGGCAGGUGGCGGCGGCGGCAGCGGCACGGGAGGCGGGAUGAACUUGGGCGGAGGUGUUGGGCCGCAGGCCUCCGAUCGGCAAGCAGCGGAAGAGGGCGCAACAGCAGUAGAAGCAGCUUUCGUAGAAGCAGCCUUCAAGGCAGCAGGASAGGAAGCGGCCCUCUCGCUUUUUGGAGGUAGAAAAAAGAAGGGUCGGAGGGGAGGAGGGCUUUUCCGGGGCUUCCGUGCACGGUUCCCACCCUUUAAUUACUUCGCGACGCCGUCGUGGUCCUCGUCGCCAGGUGGCGGUGUGGCGGGGGGCGGGGGGAUGGACUUGGGCGGAGGKGUUGGUUCGCAGAGCGCCGAUCAGAAAGCAGCAGCGGAGGCCGCAACAGCAGUACAAGCAGCCUACGUCGAAGCAGCCUUCAAAGCAGCAGGAGAGAGAGCGGCCGUCUCGCUCUUCGACGACUAUGAGAGCGACGAAUCCGACGAUGACUAGUAAGUUCAGCCUUCUUACGGUGGAAGCACUUUGUGUAUACUAACAAGUAUCCCUUCACGAUGCCGCCAAGCU